AUGACUUCCAACUGCACCGGGAUCAUCAACCUCCGCUACCAAGAUGGCAGCGAGGGAAGCGCCUCCAACCCCGCCAAGUACAACAACCAGGACUACGUGCAGCUGAAAGAUAACCACCUCCGCAGGAGACGCCCAUUCGUGGACUACAGCUUCCCCCCCAACGACCGCUCUCUGGGCAACAUCGAAAUCCCCAGCCAUGUUCAAGUGGAAUGGCUUCGUCCUUCGGAAAUCCUGAAAGCCCAAAACAAGAGUGAGGAGCCUGUUUUCUGCUCCAAAGGAGCCUCAAGAUUUGAUUUUGGACAAGGCAGCAUCGGUAACUGCUGGUUUCUGGCUGCGAUCGGCUCACUGACUUUCCAAAAGACCCUGAUGGCUCAAGUGGUGCCCAUGGACCAGUCCUUCAACAACUACGCUGGAAUCUUUCAUUUCAGGUUCUGGCAUUUUGGCAAGUGGGUGGACGUGGUCAUUGACGACCUUCUGCCCACAGCGAACAAGCAGCUGCUGUUUGUGCACUGCAAAGGAGGAAACGAGUUCUGGGUUCCUCUGCUGGAGAAAGCAUACGCCAAGCUGUGCGGCACUUACGCUGACAUGAACGCCGGGCUGCCGUCAGAGGCCUGCAAGGACUUCAGCGGCGGCGUGAACAUGAGUUACGACCUGCAGCAGGAACACACCAGCGGCCACGAUGAGGAGCUGUGGCUCAGGCUGACCAGAGCCACCGGCUGCAAGUCAAUGAUCUGCUGUGGGACCCCCUCCAAAGGAGGCAGGAUCGUAAACACCGUUGCACACACCGGACUGGUGGACGCCCACGCCUACACUGUCACCGGUGUCACCGAGGUCACCUACUAUGGCAGCAAGGUCAGGCUGGUGCGGGUCAUGAAUCCCUGGGGCAAACAAGAGUGGACUGGAAAGUGGAACGACAAGUCAGACAUGUGGGACAGAGUGAACCCAGAGGAUCGGGAGAAGUGCUUCAACCGCGAAGACGGAGAGUUCUGGAUGGAGCUGGAGGACUUCUGCCGCUACUUCGACCUCCUGUCCAUGUGCUGUGAGAACCCCAACUUUAUCGACGGAGACCUGACCUGCCAGUGGAAGUGCAUGACCUACGACGGCAGCUGGGUCGCAGGGAGAUCUUCAGGCGGCAACGUCAACAGCUCUUCCUUUUACACCAACCCUCAGUACCGCGUCCAGGUGGACAUCAUCGACAGGCAGGAGAAAGACGACCAGAACAUCAUGAUCUCCCUGAUGCAGAAACCUCAGCAGGAGAACCGGAAAGACAGAAGGCUCUUUGCGACUGGACUCACCAUCUACAAGAUCCCAGCUGGGACCCGGCAGGGACGCCUGCGCUCCUCCUUCUUCAGAAAGAACAGGCCUCUGAACGCGCAGGUCUACAGCUACACCAGGGACCUGGUUCAGCUCUACAGCCUGCAGCCUGGAGAGUAUGUGAUCAUCCCCUCUACCUCUGGAACCAACAACACCGCAGACUUUGUCAUGAGCGUCUACACCAAGGCUGAGGCCAAGAUCACUCCUCACCACGGAGAUGAAGACGAUCACGACCAUGAGCAUGAAGAGGAAGAGGAGGAGGCAAAGGAGGAAGAGGAGGAUGCAGACUUAAUCCUUCCUGAGAUCCCUGACAAAGACAAAGACGACAGCAAUGAUCGCGAUCCCAUCCGCGCCAUCUUCAGGCGCUACUGUGAUCAGAGAGAUGAGCUGCGUCCCAGACAGCUCCAGAGGCUGCUGGCUGACAAGUUCCCUCACGGGACCCGGAACGGCUUUACGCUGGAAACCUGCAGGAGCAUGAUUGCGAUUGUGGAUCUUGACCAGCGGAUGACCAUGACCUUCAAAGAGUUUUCAAUUCUGUGGAAAAAGAUCACUGAAUACAAGAAAAUCUUCCACAGCUCCGACCUGAACCGCGGCGGCACGCUGUCUCAGUACGAGCUCCAGAAGGCCGUCACAGCUGCAGGGAUGGACGUGACCGACGGCAUGGUGAUGCUGAUGAUGUUCCGCUACUCAGGCUUCUCCACCACCUCCCUGGAGGAGUUCAUCAUUCUCAUGCUGCAUCUGGACAAGACAACCAGCGUUUUCAAGGACAAGUCCACCGAUGGCGUUAUCCACCUGACCUGGGAGGAGUGGUCCAACUUCUCUCUGUACAACUAGACUGAAGGCAGCGCAGGAGCCUUGCAAGAGGAGAAUCAAGCAAUCUAAACAUCGCUCUUAUUGGAACUGAUGUCUCC